CCUGCAGUCUUUUGGAUUUAAUGUGAUGUGAGCUUAACACUAAAACAUUCUCCGAGGCAGGGCUGCCAUCCUGCUGGAACCUGUUGUUAAUAUUGCCAUUUAAAGGGCAAAUCAGAUUAUAUUUGAGCUCCAUCAAGUCCUGACACACCUGUGAAAAAAAAAAAAAAACACCCUGAGGGCUCAUGUAGAACAGGGAGUUUAGAUAGAAGCUGGAGGAUGAGGUCAGCAAGACCUGCUGAAGAAGAAGAAGAAUACAGAAUAAACCAAAGUGUUAGAGGAGCUGUGCAGCUGGAGCAGAUCAUUUGAAAACACAAAUAUGAGUGAGGGAUGACUCCAUGGCAGGUUCUUCGUGCGAGCAGAGCGUCCCAGGCCGCUCUGGGUUACCGUGUUCAUCAUGGAGCCGGAGUUUUGAUGCAUUACAGCGCUGCUCCUGCCGGACCUGCAGCCCCAGACAGCAUCAGGAGCUUCUGUUUGUCUGGAGAGAAACGUUCACUGCAGCAGCUCAACGGGAGGCUGGCUGCAUACCUGCACCAGGUCCAGAUUCUGGAGGCAGACAAUCAGAGGCUGGAGCAGCAGAUCCAGGUGGAGCUGGACAGGAAGUGUCCCAGACAGCUGAGAGAGCUGGACAAACACCUGAGGACAGUGUCCCUGCUGCAGGACCAGAUCAGUGAAUGUCUCUCGGCCCAGGCUGAGGUGAAGCUACAGCUGCUCGAAGAAGAACUCAUCGUCUACGAACUCAACAUCAAGUGUGAAAAGGAGCGUGAGCGGUGUGGUGAUCUGGAGGCGGAGCUCAGAGACUUGAGGCUGAUCGGGGAGGAGCUGAAUGUCUGCACGUUGCCGGAGCUCCAGAGUCUGUUAAAUGAGCUAACACGACAGAAGGUGGAGCUGCAGAUACAACACCAGCAGGAAAUGCAGGUACUCCAGGUUCAGGUGUCAGGGGGGGUCACUGUGGAAAUGCAGACUGCUGAGUCAUCAGAUCUGGUCAAAGAGUUGGGUCACCUGCGACAGACGAGUGUGACACUGAUCGACAUGAACCAGAAUGAAUCCAGGUUCAACUCUCGGGUGAUGGCCUAUAACCCUCUAGUGGGAUCGAGGGUCGACCAGGCCGAGCUGGAGGAGCUGAGGAGAACAGCCACCAGUCUGACAGAGGAGCUGAAACAACUGCAGAGUCUGGUAGUGGAAUUGGAUGUCUCUGGACAGGAGAAGACUGAGACAUUUGUCGUGCAGCUUGUGUUUCUGCAGCAAACAGUGGACAGUCUGUGCAGAGACCUGGACUCUGUGAUGCAAGCUGCAGCCCAGCAGACUAUGGAUCAUCAGGCCCUUCUGGACGUCAAGAGCCGGCUGGAGGCAGAGAUACAAGGCUACAGAAGGCUGCUGGAUGGACUGGGCCACCAGGGAGUUUCAGAUCUUGCAUCUACAUCUGCCUGUGCUGCAACUAGUCCUCAUGUAUUUAGAGCAAACAUAACCUCAGACAAAGCAUUCAGAGUUCAAAGUGAAAAUGUUAGGACAGUGGAGGUUCAGAAAGUCUCUAGAGGUCACGUCAACACGGUUGGACAAACCCAGCUCUCGCAAACAGUGAUACCAAUACCAUCUAUUAACGCUUCAGAUAAUGUCCAUGCUAGUAAACUGCAGAACUCUUUGAUUGUAGAGGAUGAAAUCAGCCAAGAGUUAGAAGAAAAAUCUGCUGUCAAGGUUUCAACAGUGGAGAUCAUCCACACUCAGUUUCCCGACAGCAAACCAGAGACUUCCAAACUAGUUAACUCACUGGACGAUGAAGCAGGGACAAACAUUCAAGUCGAUAUUACCGAAAUCACUACCUAUGCAGAGCCAGAAGUAAAGCAGGGAUCCCAUUUUGUAAAACGUGAAAUCACAUGUGAACCCAGCAAGCCUUCUGCUGCAGAUAAAGAGACAGGAACUGUGAAUUUAGGUCAGAUGGAUCGCACUGAAGACUCUGUCCAUGCUAAGACUGAAAAUCCGGCACAGACCAUGUGUUCGGAGACAAUCUCGUAG